CGGUGCACGCACGCCGCCCGCCCAACGGCGCGUUAGAAUCGUACUGCAAAGAGUUCAACACGCCAAUGCAAUUUAAAUUUUAUUUAUAUAACUAAGAAGGUUGUUUAUACGUCGUAUUUAAAUUAGUUUUGACGUUACGUCUAAUGCCGUGUAAAUAUGUGUUAUAAAUGUGUAGAAUAAAAAGUGAAAAUUCUCCAGUAAAUAAAAAUUUAUUAUAUUUAUUAUAAUUUUAAAGAUCUUUUUGCAUUGGAUAGUAUACUAAUAGUUUGUCCUUUAGUAUUUCCAUUAGUCCUUUUGGAAACUAUGUAAUACAAGAUUUCAUGGAGAGUGUAAGCGGCUUUAGUCGACGUACCACGGAUUUAGUAUUUGAUUGUGUACGUAAGGAUGCGGCGUGAUGUACAACAUUAGCGAUGACGGCGGAGCGGACGCGGGCACGGGCGCGGAGGAGACGCGUGCGCACACGGUCGCCGCACUCAUCGCGCUCUACAUACUCGUAUCAGCUAUAGGGAUUAUUGGAAAUGUGAGCUUAAUGGCUGCGCUAGCGUCGGGCGGUGCGUCCCGAUUGCGAACUCCUCAACUGCUCAGCGCAUGCGCAGCGGACUUCCUCGUGUGUGCUGCUAGCGCGCCGCUGGCCGCUACACGAGUUGCAAAAAUACAUCAUCUCCCAUGCCACGUUGUAUUUUAUAUAGAGUCAUUUCCCGUAGCAGCGAGCACGUUAUCGCUGGUCGCGAUCGCAGCGGACAGGUGCGGCGCAGUGCGGCGCGGUAACGGAUCGCUCUGUGCAAGACCCUCGCUCGCUGUUGUCGCUGUAUGGAUUACAGCUUUAGUAUUAGGAGCAACUGCCGUUACAACGAUGUGCGUCUCCUGCCCGCCUCUGGCUGCGGUCCACGCACUACUCACCUACUGUUUCCCAGUCAUAGCCGUUGCAAGAUGUCAUUGGGCGGUACGGGUCAAAUUGACCGCACUGUCCCUCACUGCACGGGCUGCACACGGAGAGCUCCCGCUACCCGUCCCCCUGAUGCGACGACCCACACACGUCAUCAUAGUUGCGGGUGUAGGGCCCAGAGAACGCCGUGACGCUGUUGACGUAGGCGACGUUAGAAGCAAGAAGAAACUUCAACCGAGCCUCCUCGGUCCCCAACCGCAGACUUCGACGUUGCGGUCCCGACGACGUCUCGGCAACGUCCUAAUGGGUAUCGCUGCAGUAUUCGCUUUAUGCUGGUGCCCCCAUGCAGCUAUAGUUAUAUGCAGCGCUUUCGGACUCCACGCACCUUUGCUGCUUAGGCAGUACGCGCUGUUGUUCGGAUAUGCUCACUCUGCAUUAAAUGCAGUCGCAUAUUGGGUGUUGAAUCGACAUGCGCUGACGUCCGCGUGUGCUGCGUGGCGUCUGCCACAGAUAAGGGUGCGUGAAGAGCGACCUUCCUCAACUAACGAAGCAGCUCUCGGCGCAUUCCACCCUCGGCUCGCCAGGCCCGCGCCCUCGCCUCGUCCGCCCCCCUCCAGUUUCCUCUAUUGAUGUCCUCUAUCUUCUAAGCUCUGUCAAUCUGUGAUUCCUAUCUCUCAGUGCCUCGUAUAGUCUACAGGCGCCCCUGUCCCGCGGGGCCGCCGCUCGUUUCGUCGUUAUAAACGUGGUUGUUUGAGAUUUUAUGGAGAAUAAUAUCCGUGAAGCAAUAAAGUGUAUGAAACA